AUGAACCGUAUCAAGCGAUUCUUUGAACCCGAACAACCGUACGAACCCCUUCAAGAUGAUACGCAUGAAGAUGGCGAUAGCACUCUGGGCGAGUCCGACGACGGGCUGCAAGAGCAGGUCUUCUCCUGGGUUGAAUACUUCGUAUUCCUGCUACUCGGAGUGGCGAUGCUGUGGGCAUGGAACAUGUUUCUCGCAGCAGCGCCCUACUUCCAGAGCCGCUUCCGAUCCAGCAAGUGGAUUCUGAACCAUUUCCAGGCCGCCGAAGUGUCGGUCUCGACGGUCACCAAUCUGACGUCGAUGAUCAUCUUGACCAAGCUGCAGAAGGGGGCCUCAUAUCCGAAGCGAAUCUCCUCAUCACUCGUGCUAUACACUGCCAUCUUCGCCAUUCUUGCACUGUCUACGCUGGUCAAGACCGGAGCAGGGGUCUACUUUGGCUUCCUCCUGCUCACUAUCUUUGCUACGAGUCUGGCCACUGGUUUGAUUCAGAACGGUCUGUUUGCUUUCACCUCAGGGUAUGGCCGCAGCGAGUAUACUCAGGCUAUCAUGACUGGACAGGGUGUGGCAGGCGUGCUGCCUCCUCUCGUUCAAAUCAUCUCCGUUGCCGCGGUGCAUCGUAAGCAAGGCGAAGGACCGGAAGCCGCGGCCCAGUCGCCCAAGUCUGCCUUCAUCUACUUUCUCACCGCGACUGCUAUCUCCGCCAUCUCACUACUCGCCUUCUUCUACCUUGUCCGCAGGAAGAGGCAUCGAGACGCACUGCAUGCCGCUACGAAAACGACUUUGAACGGGGCUUCGGAAGGCGACGCUCUCACUGGCGGGGCUGGACAGGGUGACACGAACAGUGAGCGAGCUUCCGUGCCGCUGAUGGUGCUCUUCCGCAAACUGUCCUUCCUAUCUGUGGCCGUCUUCCUUUGCUUCGCCAUAACAAUGGUCUUCCCGGUCUUCACGGCCAUCACCGAGUCAGUAUCCGGCAUAGACUCGGCCACGUUCAUUCCGCUUGGGUUCCUCAUGUGGAACAUCGGCGACCUCGGUGGCCGUUUGCUGUUAGCUGUCCCGAAGCUGUCACUCACCCACUAUCCGUUCGCACUCUUCUGCAUCUCCAUGGCCAGAUUGAUCUUCAUUCCGCUAUACUUCUUGUGCAACAUCAAAGGUCGUGGUGCAUAUGUCAACAGCGAUUUCUUCUAUCUCGUCAUUGUGCAGCUCCUGUUUGGACUCACCAAUGGCUACCUCGGAAGCAGCUGCAUGAUGGGAGCAAGCGAAUGGGUAGCACCCGAGGAGCGAGAGGUAGCUGGUGGGUUUAUGGGGAUGAUGCUCGUGUCUGGCCUGGCCGUGGGUAGCCUGCUCAGCUUCCUGCUGGGUGAUGUGUAG